AUGGCGAGCCAUGCCCUUUACCUCCAACAAGUUUUCCAGAUUUUAAUGGAGAACCGGCUGGUGCUGAAUGAGAAGAAAAGCACAUUCGCAGUGAGCUCGGUGGAAUACUUGAGUCACAUUGUCUCGGCACAAGGGGUCUCGGCGGAUCCUAACAAAACCACAGCGAUGCUAGAGUGGUCGGUGCCUACGGACCAGCGGGCGUUAAGGGUAUUCUUGGGACUUAUCGGCUAUUAUAGGCGUUUUGUGCAAGGCUAUGGGAUGAUCGCCAAGCCAUUGAUGGAGUUAACAAAGCGAAAUGCGUUUGAAUGGAAUGACAAGGCCCAAGAAGCUUUUGAGAGAUUGAAGAGACUGAUGGCAGACCUACCGACUCUAACAGUCCCGGAUUUCAAUCAAGACUAUGUUGGAAAUUGA